AUGCUUUGUUUUUGCAUUCUGCCUCUGCAAUGGCAGAAUUCUAAUAUGAAGAAGGACUCUGGCACUUACCCAGGAAUUGUAAUCAAGCAGCGGAUCAUCUUGCGUCGCUGGCACUAUCGAGAAGGAGUACGGAAGUUUAGGUUGAACGGUCCCCCACCUCUCUUGUGCAUAUCCUUUGCAAGGAUGGACUCCCUUGUCCUCACCAUGCCUAAUUUGGAUCGUUUUGACAUCCUUAUGGUUGGAUUGUCUUUCUGGCACUUUUCUUCUUGA